UUCCGUCCUCUCUGGUGUUACCAUCAUGAAGUAGUUAGACCCAUUAAACGUGUUAUAAACAACCACAGGCUUCUGUCGUCAAUCUAUUAUAAAUAAAUACAUCACUUUAUCAGACCUAGUUCUGCUUCUUACCAAUCUGUAUAUUAAUUAUAUGCAGAGGUCACAUUCAUAAACAGAUGAACUCUACUUCAUUUGUCUUAUUGGCAGCCAGGUCCAAAAGGCAGACAUAGCAAGCUUUCUUCAUGAAGCACUGUGGGCCCUCAGAGAACUCAAUGGAGACCAGGGGCAACAUAAACUUCACAAGUAAAGCAGAUAUUUAUCGCUCGGAUAAAACUUUUUCCAAUAAGCAUCUCAAUGUAAAGAUAGAGCCCCUGGAUACAAGUUUGGAUGUUCAAAAAUCUACUGAACUUGUUCAAAUCCUGAAAGAUGGCAUUGUAGCAGAGUCUAUAAAUGGUGUGAGUCAUGGCAGUUUACCACAGCAGUGCCCAAAUGUUGCAUUCCUACAAGAGGUUAACUGCUUGUCACUUGAUCCAAAUUGCCAAGUAACGGUUGAGUCCUCUGAUAUUAACCAGGUUAAGCUUGAGAUCUGUGAGCCUGUUGAUGAGUAUAAAGAAAAGAGAGAUGUGUUUCAGACUUUCCGCUGUUGCCUUUGUAACAAUGCUAAAUUAACAGACGAAAAGGAACUGCAAGAGCACAUGCAGAGUCAUGUUAAAUACUGCCAAGGGAAACUAUUUUGUGGACUUUGUAAAUACACUACAAAGAAAGAUAACAGCUUUAAAAAUCACGUUUUGAAGCAUCACUGUUCAAAAAAUUCUACAAAUAAACGAUGGACUUGCAAAGCUUGUUCCUACAAUUGCUUAAAAAAAUCAGCUAUAAUUAGUCACUUGUGUAUUCUGCACAUGGAGUUGGCAAAGUUUGAAUGCAAGUAUUGCCCUUAUAAAACAGACAGCUCCUCAAGGUUUCGGGACCAUAACUUUGUACAUAUUAAUGAGAGACCUUUCAGGUGCCCUCAUUGCCCAUACACUUGCAGGCAAAACUCCCGCUUAAAAAUUCAUGUGCAGCGUAGACACCAGCCGUGCCUGAUAUGUCAGGCUAGCUCAGAUCCUAACAAUGUUAAUAUAGGGCAGGCAUUAAUCAAUGUCCCUGGCUCUAAACUUUGUUCAAAACAUAGGAAAGAAAUAAAUUCAAAGAAAAGGUCACGUCUUUUAGAUGAAGAAGUAAAUGCCAACCCUACACAUCUUAAACAAUUUGACUCUAGAGACAGGAUUUUUAAAUGUCAUUUAUGUGAUAGAGCAUUCUUUAAUAAAUCCAAGUUACUGAGGCAUCUACUAAUACAUCAGGACAAUAAAAAUUAUCAUUGUGAUCAGUGUGAUUAUGCUACAUAUCGCAUGGAUACUUUGAGAAAUCACAAGAUAACACACACUCAGCAAAGGUCUUACUGGUGUGUUAUAUGCAGUAGAACUUUCAAAACUAUUAAGUAUCUUAGAUGGCACAUCAUUAUGCAUGCUAAAAGAGACAGAUACCUCUGCCCUCUAUGCCCUUACGCCAGUCAAACAAAUUCUCUCCUCAAAUUCCAUCUUCAAUAUCACACAGAGGACAUGAGUUCCACAACCAAAGAAAAAUUAAAACAAAAUCCAUUUCCCUCCUCUGAGGCUUACAAAAAAAUGGUGAGUGAUAAUCCUUUCAAGGAUGAAAUUUACAAACGGAUAAAAAAAUGUGUUGGGGAAAUAUUCACAUGUGUGACCUGUAGCUUUACUAGCCCAGAGAAGCGGAUAUAUAAGGCGCACCUUCAGAUCCAUAGGGAGAAAAGUUACCUUUGUAAUGUUUGCGCUUUUCGCUGCAACCGCAAAUAUAAUCUAACCCUACACAUUUUAACCCACUACAAAGAUCGCCCUUAUGUAUGUCACCUUUGCCCAUUUUCCUCUAAGUCCCCAUCAAAUCUUAAAAAGCAUAAAAAAAAUUACCACAGUCUAUUGUAAUGUGCAUUUUUCUUAAUUUCUAUGAAUGCUUGUUAAGUUUUCUGUUAAUUUAAACUUCUACCAAUCUCUUCUUAUUAAUCUUUUGGCUUUUUAUGCUUUAAGUUAUUGUUAAAAUUUUAAUCAUUAAUCUGUAUUGAUUAACAAGACUGAGAUAUUAUUGUUGUGACCUAUCAUAUUUGUGAUACUUUUACCUGUGCAUAAAAAAACUACUCUAAAUGAUUAUUUUUUCCUGAAAUAUUAGUUUUUUAAAUAGUUUGUAUUGUUUAAGUAACUAGGAGUUAAAUAGUUUAUUAAAAUUUAAAAUUAACUUGAAUGGUGGUUUUACAUAAUUGAAGUUUGUUAUGAACAAUGUAAAUACAAAUCCAUAUAUAAUGAAUUUAAAUCCGGUGCUGCGAUUUGUUGUAUGAAUAAAAUCUGUGUUAUUUGCUUUUAUUUCUGGAUGCAAUAUUCUAUAAACUUGUGUUACACAUUUUUAAACUUUUUUUUUUUUGCUUUGUUGUUCAACAAAAAUAUGAUUAGUUCAACCAUGUUUUCUAACUUUGCAUUUAAAAUUUUUUUAAACUGUUAAACCUUCCUUCUAUUGUGAUCCUAUGCUUGCAUUUUUUGCCAGUUUUUUGUACAUGAGUUGGGUUAUAGGCCUAGAUCUAUAUCUCAAGUACUUGCACUUGUAGGUUAUAGGAAAGCAGCUUAUUUUGUCCCUACUGCUUUUAAGUUAGAGAUUUUAAUUUUGUUUUUAAGUCUAUAUUAUUUUUAUUGUAACACUCACUCAGUGGGGAUGCUUUUUACCCACUGAGGUGUUGUGGUUAAAAGGGCUGACCCUGAGAUUUAGGACACACUGAAAAUUUGUUAGUACAAAGGAAUGUUUAACUUCCCAUGAGCUUAACAUUUUGGUAGAACUCCUGAGCAAUUUUAUGUAAUUCUCAUCUUUUCUUCUGCCCCAAAAUAUCCAGUGUAGUAGAGUAAUAAACUAAAAGUAAUUAGUGCACUAAAAACACUAAUUAUCAUAUCAGUAUUGUUUAAACAUUAGUUAAUCAAAAUUAAUUUAUGGGGAUUUUUGUGCUUUGAAAUUACCGCCAUAAAUCAUACAGAAACAAAGUGGGAUUUUUUUUCUUCCUCUGCUGAUAUCUGUAGCAUGACAACCUGAAAAAUUAUUAAAAAAAAUUCUAGAGCCACAGUAACUUUGAUGUAAUGUAUAAUUUACAUGUGUAUUUAGACAUGUUCUUGACUCUAAUUACCCUAGUGAAGAGAAGAAAAUAUUAAUUUAAUUAUUUAAAUAGGGCCUAUA